AUUCUAUUACAGAAACCUCUAGCAGUGCAGUGUACUGGCUGGGAUUGACUAUGGAGUAUAACAGCUAUAUUAAAAUAAAUCAAUGGAGAACGCAAAAUAAUAAGUAUUGGAUUGAAGCGACAUCUUUCUCCAACUGGAAUCCAUCGGACUAUCUGUCGAAUUUUCGUUAUUCCUCUAGAAGUUUGUGCGCCACUUGGGAUUCCGCCACUGGAUUCUGGGCUGUCGAAGAUUGCAGCGAAAGGCAUCUAUUCUUGUGUGAGAAGGAGGCAGAAUGCAUCCAGGGACGAUUUGGACAAAAGUGCUCGAGAACGUGUCAUUGUUACGGUGAACAAUGCAGUGGCAAAGACGGAAUAUGCAAAUAUGGAUGUCAAAAACGGUGGAUGGGAAGCUCGUGUGACAUACAUAAAGUCAGAGCGACAGCCCUAUACUACUGCCUGAAAUCGAGUACACACGGGAAUGAGUUAAUCAUCAGAGCAGACCAACGUGGUAUCGACUACCAACAGGUGUUGGCUGUAGACAAAAACGGUGACCCCGUGACGACCUGCAACAAGAGUACAUUCACCAAGCAGGGCUACAAACUCCAACUGACAAUCAGAAGAAAAACGUCUGAUUCAGAAGACUAUCGGCCGGACUGUGGAGCGCAGCAU